GGCGGGAACCCCCCGCGCCGCCCUCAGGGUCCUGCCCGGCGGGUCCCGCCUCAGCACCGUCCCCUCGGGACACCAGCGCUGGCGCCGCUGGCGGCUAAGAGCAGCCCGGCCCGCCCUCACCUGCCCUGAGGCGGGGCUGCCCGCGGCCGACAGGGCGGGCCGAGGCGGGCCGGGCAUGGUGAGGGUGCCGCGGCCCCCCGGCUCCGCCGGCGGCUCAUGCGCAAUCGCGCGGGGUGGCUGCACUCGGCGGGAGUAUGGCGCACCGGGUGCUGCCGCUGCCCAGGCAGCAGUCUUUCUGCCCACCCACCGUGAUCAACCCCUUCAUCCACCCGAGGCCCCUGAGAGCUACGGACAAGCUGCGGACUCUUCUUCAGGGGACUGUUUUGCUGCCCCUCCGUGCCACAUGCAUGACAUUCAUUGUACUGCUAGCGUGGCUGUUUGCAUCAAUCGCAACUUUCCAGCACCCUAGAAGAGGAUCUGUGCCACUGAAAGGAUGGAGAAGGAGGAUGAUCCAGACAACCCUCUCGUGCCUAACUCGUACCUUGUUCUUCGUGAUGGGUUUCCAAGUUAAAGUAAAAGGGAAAAUAGCAACCCCACAGGAAGCCCCAAUCUUUGUUGCAGCUCCUCAUUCAAGUUUUUUUGAUGCCAUUAUUUGUGCCCUAACUGGAAUGCCAUCAGUUGUGUCUAGAACAGAGAACCUGUCAGCUCCAGUAUUUGGCACAAUUUUAAGUUCCCUUCAGCCUGUAUCAGUUUCUCGUCAAGACCCUGAUUCACGGAAGAAUACAGUCACAGAGAUCACCAAGAGGGCAUUAUCAGGAGGCCAGUGGCCACAGAUACUGAUUUUCCCAGAAGGCACCUGCACAAACCGAUCUUGCCUGAUCACAUUUAAACAAGGUGCCUUUGUUCCACAAGUCCCUGUGCAACCUGUGUUGCUCCGAUACCCCAACAGGCUGGAUACUGUGACCUGGACAUGGCAGGGCUAUUCACUAAAAGAGCUGUGUGUAAUGACUCUGUGUCAGCUCUUCACAAAAGUAGAAGUUGAGUUUCUGCCUGUUCACGUUCCUACCGAGGAAGAAAAGAAUGAUCCCAUCCUUUUUGCCAACAGAGUCCGACAAACCAUGGCAACUGCUUUGAGUGUGCCAGUCACUGAUCACACUUUUGAAGAUUGCCGACUAAUGAUUUCAGCAGGACAGCUGACUUUACCCAUGGAAGCUGGGCUGGUGGAGUUCACCAAAAUCAGCAAGAAACUCCACCUACAAUGGAAUCGUGUCAGAGAGCAGUUGGAUACCUUUGCUGCUAUUGCAAGUGCUUCCAAAGGCGGAAGAAUUGGAAUUGAGGAGUUUGCGAAGUACUUGAAGCUGCCUAUUUCAGAUGUCCUCAGAGAGUUGUUUCUACUCUUUGACAGGAAUGGAGAUGGCACCAUUGACUUCAGAGAGUAUGUAAUUGGUUUGUCCGUUCUCUGUAACCCAGCCAACACAGAAGAGACUAUUCGGAUGGCAUUUAAGCUCUUUGACCUAGAUGAGGAUGGCACUAUAAAGGAAGAUGAGUUUGCUUGUAUCAUUCGGGCAGCUCUGGGUCUGCCCGAGCUUGAUGUUUCUAUGCUCUUUAAAGAAAUAGAUGCAGAUAAAACAGGGAAGCUGUCCUAUGAUGAGUUCAAGCACUUUGCACUCAAGCAUCCAGAAUAUGCCAAGUUGUUUACUACAUACCUAGAGCUACAGAGAUACCAGUUAGAUAUGUUGGAGAAGUAUGACAUUGAGACACCUGAAGUCAAACACAGUCCAGUUAGAAAGAGUACAAUCCCAGUAUCAGAAACAACACCGACUGCAAGAAAUAAGGCCUGUCCUGAAGGCAGUGAAGAGGAUAACUCGACUACCUCUGACAAAAAGGAUGACUGAGAAGAGUUGAAGAAUUCAGCUCUUGAAUUCUACAGGGUUUUUUCCCUAGCUAUUCAUAAGCACAAUGGAUAUAAAACAGAGAGGGAAGUUACAGUUAAAAAAACUAUGUAGGUGUAUUCUUUUUUUACUUUCGUAUCAAAAGGAGUUAUUCCAGUUUGAGUGUAAGGGAGAAACCACUAUAACUAUUCUGUCCUUGAUAUCAGGAUCACAAACACUGGGAAUUUUGUUCACUGUCUUCCAAGUUAAUGCUUCCACAAAAGUAACAGAUGUGUUAGGAGGGGUAAGAGGCUCCAGCACUGCAGUGGCCUCUCAGGAUGGAAACUGAGGAUCCACUUGCGUAAAAACAAGUGGAAUCUUUGGUGCUGCUCAAUUCCCUACAUCCCCAACUUAUCUUAAAGGGGGAAGAUGAUGCCAGAGCGGUUUCAUUUGCAAUAUCCCUUAGCCCUUGUCAAGUUUCUGAGAGACACGAAGGAGUUACAAGAAGCUGAGAGCUGAAGCUGGUGUUUUCUUUUAGCUGUCCUUAGAUUUCCCUUAACUGCUCGUGAACCAUAAAGCCUAAGCUUCUGAACAAGACAUGCUAAUUCACUGAUGUUAACAGAAACAGUUUUAAGCUUAGAGGCUAGUUAAAGAUGCAAAUGGCUGUGCUUCUAACAACAAAAGACCUAAUGGGAAUUCCAAGAUAGCAGGUCACAGUCUACAGGAAAAAAUGUUGUUUGCAGUGACAACUAUUCAGGAUCGCAUUAGGAGGAACAUUUCAAACUUCAGCAUAUUUUUUAUUCUACUAAUUGUCAACAGAGGAAUGUGAGCUUGCUUUGCAAAACUUAAAGGCAAAUACGCUGUCAAGCCAUAGUUCUAGUAGUUAGUAUCUACUCUAAAGUUGUCUCCUAGAAGCCAUGUUUGUGUUACUGUGCAUUACUCAAUGUGUUCCUAGGGUUUGAUUAAAAAACAAACUCUGUCUUUUUAAUGAUUUGAGGAUGUUUUUUCUCAGUCCCCUCUAGUGCACUGGAAGUUGGGCCUUUACCUUUUUCCAUCCUUUAUCUGAGUGCACUUUAUACAGUAUUUAAAUAUAUAUAGGUAUUUAUGCAAAUACUUCUAAUUAAAAACUUAAUAGGGGAGGAGUGGCAGUAUAUUUUCAAAUUAAAACUAAGAUGAGCAAAGCCUAGAAUGUCUAGUACCAAAGGUAACCAUGUGUCAGCAGGUUUUCAUGUGUGAACUGGUAACCUCUGCCUCUAAGUUACUGCUCGCGUUGCCUGGCUGCAAGCUCAUGGCCAUGUUUAAUCUUUCUAUAUUUAUAAUCGUGCCUAUCCUGAUGUUUCACGUGCUUAAAAUAAAUCUAUAUUUUUAAAAUA